AUGUUCACUGUUCAUUUAUCAUCCCUCCAAUUCACACUCUACUGGACAAUCGACUUCUCCAGCACGUUUCGGCCUUCCCCACUCUUACCCUUUCCUUUAUUCUUGUACGACGAAGACAAAGACGAUGACGAAGAAGGAUCUGUCGCAGCAGCUAAUACCAGAAGCCUCCUAUUUCCGCAAAACCACUUUUUCAUUUCAAACCCUCAAAGACCUCAAUCUCACUCAACAAAAAGGGCACUAGCUAACACAAUCGGGAGAACAGCUUCACGAGUUGUACCUUUAGCCAUCUGGGCUUCAUCUGGAAGUCGAAGGUACCACCACCACUACUCUGCCCUCUUUGACGCUGUCAAAACCCGUGGCAAUCUCUCUCGAAAGUUGUUCCCGAGGUCGUUUUCGGCUUCCAUUCAUCACUAUUCCCCUAAAAGGCCGAGUUCCGAUAAGUCACUCCUCCGAGUCAUCGAGUCCGAGAUUCAAUGUGCUCAGGAGUCCGAGGAUAAUGACGAGGUUGUGGAGGUGCACCAGGGUUUUCCUUUUAAAAUUGAAGACCAUCCCGGAUGGCAAACAAUAACUGUAACUAGAGAAUCUCAAGGUGAAACUAUCAGUGUCGAAGUUCACAUGCCUGACCUUGUAACUGGUGAGGAGAACGAUGAUGGCAACGACCCUCAAUUGAGUAUACCUCUUGUUGUCAGAGUUUCCAAGAGGAAUGGACCCUGUUUAAAGUUCGGAUGUACACUUACCCUGAUGAGAUUGCAAUUGACAGCUUGUCUGUUAAGGACCCUGAGAGCUCUGAAGACCAAAUAG